AUGGGAGUACCAAAAUUAUGGGAAUUAUUACAACAAUCUGGUACAUCAAUUGAUAUAAAUGCAUUGGAAGGUAAAACCUUAGCUAUUGAUGCAAGUAUUUGGAUUCAUACAUUCAUUAGAACCUUAAAGAAUGAAAAAGGUGAUCCUAUGACCAAUGCACCAAUAUUAGGUUUCUUUAGACGUAUUUGUAAAUUAUUAUCAUUACGUGUUAAACCAAUCUUUGUAUUUGAUGGUGGAGUACCAUAUCUAAAGAGAAGAACUAUUGAAGAGAGAAGAAAAAGACGUGAACGUGCUGAACAAAAUAUUGAAAAAAAUCAAAGAAGAUUACUUUUAAUUAAUACAAUUAAAAAACAAUUAAAAGAUGGUACUUUAUCUAUUAAAAAUAAUGAAAUAACAAAAUCAACAACCACCAACACCACUACUCCUUCAAAAAAUAAUAAAAAUAAAAAUAAAAAUUUUGAUUCAGAUUUUGAUAAUUCAAUUUUUGAUGAAUUAAUUGAACAAGAUAUAAAUAAUGAUGAUGACUACGAAUUCGAAUUAGAUAGUGAUUUAGAAAUUAUUCCAGAUACUGAUCAAAUUCAAAAUGAAAAUAAUAAUAAUAAUAAUAAUAAUAAUAAUAAUAAUAAUAAUAAUAAUAAUAAUAAUAAUAAUAAUAAUAAUAAUAAUAAUAAUAAUAAUAAUAAUAAUAAUAAUAAUAAUAAUAUAAUUACAAUUAAUGAUGAUGAUGAUGAUAAUAAUAGUGAUAAUGGUAUAGGAUCAGAUGAAGAAAAUGAAAUAAAUAAAAUUAUCAAAGAAGAUUCAUUAACAAGUUUUAUGCAAUUGAAUGGAAUUACAAAGGAUACAAUUAAUACUAGUGAAUUUAAAGAAUUACCAGAGGAAUUACAACUUGAAAUUAUUGGUAUUAUUAGGAAUGAGAAAUUGAUUGAGGAUAAGAUUUCAUUGAUUGCACAACAAAAAGAAAAUCAAAAUCAAAAUAAAACUACAAUUGAUUUCUCAAAACGUCAAUUGAUUAGUAUUUUAGAUAAGGGUAUGUUAAAUAGAAAAGCUGAUGAACUUUUAAAGAGAAUUGAUCAACAAAAUCAAGGAGUAAAAAUGACAAGUCAAAAUACAAGUAUUAUUUUUAAUAAAACUCCAACUAAACAACAAGGUGAUAUUUCAACUAUGAUUAAAACACCACCCGAUAAUAAAUCACCAAUGUCAAGUUUAUCAUCAAAGAUUGAAUCUGGUAUUAGAAUUUCAAAUAUUCCAAACUUUGUAAAACCAUCACCAAAAAAACAAUCACCUCAACCAAACCUAUCUUUAUUUAAUAAUAGUGUCUAUGAAAUACAAGAUACAAAAUAUCAAAUUAAAUCAAAAUUAUCUGAUCAUCAAAUGAAGUUUAAUUCUUUAAUUAAUAGAGAAUCCCCAAUUAAAACAACAACUACUACAACUACAACAACACCAACUAAAACAAAAGAAAACUUUAAAAAAUUUUCAUAUCAAGAUGAUUUCAAUGUAAAUGAUAACGAUUUAGAUUUCAAUGAUAAUAAUAAUAAUAAUAAUAAUAAUGAAGAUGAUUAUAGUGAUAUAUUUGUUGAACCAAAAUCAAAAGAUCAAUCUUUGAAUAAAAUUUUAUUUACGAAAAAAAAUAAUUCAAAUAAAGUAGAAAAUAAUGAAAACAAUGAUAAUAGUAAAAUUAUUGAAAUUAUAAAUAAAAGGAAUACUCCAUUCUCAAUUGAAGAAGAUAGUGAUCAUGAUGAUGAACAUGAUAAAGGUAUCACUAAAAGUUUAAAUAGUUCAAAUGAAAAUGAAACAAUUGAACAAUUAAGAAUAAUUAGAGGUUUUAUGGGUGAACUUGAUAAAUUCAAUAAAACAAAUAAUAAUAAUAAAAAUAAUAAUAAAAAUAAUAAUAAAAAUAAUAAAAAUAAUAAAAAUAAUAAUAAUAAUAAUAAUAAUAAUAAUAAUAAUAAUAAUAAUAAUAAUAAUAAUAAUAAUAAUAAUAACAAUAAUAAUAAUGAUGACGAUGAAGAUAGUAUGGGACCAAGAGAUAUUGAUAUUAUUGAAGAAGAAGAAGAAGAAGAUUCAAUUAAAGGGACAAAAAAUACUGACGAGGCUAUCAAUUUGAAUGUUAAUAAUUUAAAAGAAAGAAAGGUAUUAUUUAAUGAAAAUGAAAAGAAGAUGAAUGAUAUUAUUUCAAAUAAAUCAGUUAAUAGGAAAAAGGAUACUAGUUUUAUUGUUGAAGAUCCAAAUGAUAACAAUAAAGAAUCAAUAAUGGUUGUUGAUUAUGAUGAUGAUGGUGAUGAUAUUGAAUUUAUUGAAAAUUAUGAUAAAAUUAAAAGUAAACAACAAAAGGAAGAUUAUGAUUUUGGUGGUGUUGAAAAUGAAAAAUUAAUUAAUCAACUAUUAGAAGAGGAUUUAAGGGAACAAAAGGAGUUUAGUAAAAUUCAAUCAAAUAAUCAAAAAUAUUAUACUGAAAUAGAAAAUGAAAGAUUAAUAAGAAAAAUUUUGGAAGAGGAUCAAAAAAGAAAAAAUAAUGAAAAAAUUGUAAAAGAAAAUAAAAAUGAAAAAGAAGAUGAGAAUGAAAAAGUAAGUAAUGAAAAUCAAGAUUAUGAAUUUGGUAUUGAGAAUCAAAACUUAAUAAAUUCAUUAUUAAAGGAAGAUUUAGUUGAAAAAGAAAUAGAAAAUGAAAAUGAAAACGAAAAUGAAAAUGAAAAUGAAAAUGAAAAUGAAAAUGAAAAUGAAAAUGAAAAUGAAAAUGAAAAUGAAAAUGAAAAUGAAAAUGAAAAUGAAAAAGCAAGUAAUGAAGAUCAAGAUUAUGAAUUUGGUAUUGAGAAUCAAAACUUAAUAAAUUCAUUAUUAAAGGAUGAUAUAGUUGAAAAAGAAAAUGAAAAAGAAAAAGAAAAAGAAAAAGAAAAAGAAAAAGAAAAAGAAAAAGUAGGUAUUUGUUUUAGCUAG